CAUUUGUCGAGUAUGCUUUUGUUCCGCAACCAUUUCAAGACCUUGUUCAAUUCGGUACGUACGUGGGACUAGUGCCGAUGUAGAUUAUUUCGGUUUACUGGGCACAUUCCUGUGUACACGGGGAAACGAAUACCAAGCUCACAUGGGAGAUAUAAAAUGGAACCACGCACGCAGUUCUUUUUCAUUCAGACCAAACUCUGUCCCCUCUCUAUCAUAAUGCGAAACCUGCCCAUCGAAAUCAUCAACGCUAUCGUUGAGAAUGUCUCCUCCUUGACCGAUCUUCUCCAAUUACGCUGCUUAAGCCAGGCGUAUCGAGAUCUCGUCACCCCCAUCGCAUUCAGCAAACUUCACGUCAAAAAUAGCAUCCAGAGCGCACAAAACUUCCAGCAGAUCAUCGCUGCUCCCAACCUUGCUCCCUAUGUUCGGGAGGUCGUCUAUGAUUCUCGUGAUGAUGAGUGUUUCCAAUUCCCUCCGGAAACCAUUGAAGUCGAGGAUAUGCUUGAAGUCGAUGAGCUUGAAGAAACCUUGACUGAGGCUUUCUGCUCAAUCGAUACACUUCCCAGACUUGAAUGCGUCACUGCAAGUUUUUGGCCAUCAUUUAUCUCCCACUCUGGGAAGGAAAUCCGCGAGAGCGCUUUUUGGUUCACGAAUCGGCAGCUCACGGUUACACAUGCUAUAUACCACGCCAUGAAGAAAUCUCGCAUGUCAUCCCUUUCUCUCAACAAUGUGGUCAUGAUGCCUCCCUCACGUUAUGACUUCGUCUCUGCCCUUACGAACUCACCCCUGUCCCAUCUUUCAUUAUCUGUCGUGCCGAACGCCGAUAUCAGUGCCUGGUCGGGUUCAAAGGACGUCAAUGGAUCACUUGGCGCACUGCUGCCCCUUUCUAACGCCACGCUCAAAUCACUUGAGCUGCGCAGCCCUCAGGGUCCAUACCACAGCCUAGCAACACAGCUCUCUUCGUUCCAUUAUCCAUCACUCGAAUCGCUCGUGCUCGAAAAUAUUGUGUUUGAUCAGACGCCCUCUCCUGAAGGUGUCGAAGAGUUUGUUCUCCGCCAAAAAAGUGGCUUGCGUCACCUGGAAUUGCGAUCAUGCGCAAGCUAUGUAGCAAGCCCAUCAUUCGAUGCCAGGCUAUGGUCAAGCAUCUGGCAACGAUGGGCGACUGAGCUCACCAAUUUGCGAGAGCUUGUGGUGGAUGGCGACAGUGGAUAUGUCGUACUCGAUGCGGACUGGGGCUAUGUGACUUACAAGCCUAUCAGCACCAUAGCAGCUGAGAGCGACUCAUCGAGCUUGAAGAUGUUACGGGAUGCAAUAGCAUCCGCUUGUAAGGUUGUGGCAUGAACAUGUGGCAGCAUCAUUGUACAUUUUACUUGUUUGGGCGGUUUGUGACUUGUAUACCAUUUGCAUAUAAAGACAAUCAUGUCUAUCUACAAUGUACUGUAAACACGAAGUGUUUGAUACCGCGGAAGUAAUUCGCGUCGAUACCAUCAUGAUUGGGUACUCGACUUGAGCCCGUAAGAUAAGCAGGAAUGGAA